AUGAACACCACACAUCUAUUGAAUGUUCAAUUAAAACCUGUUAAGCGAAGCCCACAACCAGUGGAUCAUACUCAAUGGCAGCAUCCAAUAACCUGUUAUGAAUUGAAUCGAAUGGCUACGCUUAAAGAAACGAAACGCUUACCCAGUCUUGCACCAAUUCCAACAACUCGAGGUGCAAGCGACCGACCCGUGUCCACUUGUGAAAUAUCUCGUGUAUUUGAUGUCGAAGACAGUGUAUCAGGUAUAUCCAGCACCAUAAAAUCAACUACUUUUAAUGAAAACGACUCGACAAUCAGCAGAAAUAACAGCCCAACAUUGACUAUAAAAAGCCAUCCACAGCCUAGUAGUUUUAAAGAACCAAUGAUUUCUAUAUCUAGUCCGACUAAAGGAUUACGAGGCAGUGCAGUUUCAAAAUCACCACAUACUUCUGCAUUGUUUCAGCGGCUUAUAAACGAAAUUCUCGACACAGAUGGAGAUAAAGUUAAUAGUGGAUCAUUAAAACAUGCUGAUGAUAUAGGACUGGGUUUGCGUGAUGAGUUGAGUAGAUUUAAGCAGCCUCCACUACCCUUUCAUCCACUACACCAUGCACACAAAACAAGCUAUUUACGUAAACCAACUCAACCCAAGUCACAUCAGAUACUGCCAGCAUGUAUGUCCAACACGAAAUCUCAACCAAUAAGUAUUCCACAAAUCAUGCAGAUCAUGCAUGAUUGUGAUAAAAAUAGUCUAUGCCAAGCUUAUCCAACCCACAUGUUAUGGAGAGAGUAUGGCAGCCAACGAGAUUUUGAGGAUAAUUGUUUGGUGAAGUCAUUGAGACGUAUACAUGCUUCUUUACCAUUUGGAAACAAAUUUGCUGAAAAGAGGAUCGUAGAAGCCAAUAAUUUCCAAAGUGUUGUACAUACUCCUGACUCGACCGAGACAUUUCAUCCAGCACAUAUGGGUAAUAAUCCAUCUAGACAAGCCACAGUCGACGUAGAUCAGGACAAGACAUUACCGAGUUUUGAACACAUGAUUUCAAUACCGAAUGCUUCCAUCAAUACGCUACCAGACAUUGAAAUAAUACGAUUGGACAAGUCUGACGAUAGAAUGAAUUCACAUGCAGAUUCGAUGUGCAUGCAAGGAGUAGCAGCACAAAAAAGUUUUACACAACAUGAACAAACACGAUCAGAUGGAAUGAAAGGCGCACAUCAAUGCAAGGAAAAUAAACGAGAAGCCAUUUCUCGUGGAGAGACUGUUCAAAGACACAACAAAGACCAGAAAUCCACCAAAGCACAACGACUGAUGCAGAUACAAGAGAGUAUGAAUAUUAAUGGAUUGAUGAAUGCAUCAAUGAAGCAAAUGAUUGCAGAAUUCAAGAAACAUGACAUGGAUGAGCGAGUGAAUAUCGUGACGCAAGUGCGAGUGGACGAAGAAUUGAGUCGAAUUAUAGCACAACAGCGAAGAAUAUAUUUAUUGCAAUCGAUAUCGGGUGGAAUCUGA